GACAAGUGGCUGUGGCUGCAGCUUGUGUAAGUUGUCUGGCCUGGGAGAGUUUAACUGCAGUUUAAGAGCUGAACUGUGUGGAGAUGCUCACCUUCAAGAAGCCUUUGAAAUAUCUUAAAUGCGGUGCUAACAUUUGAAGUCUGAAAAAUGCAGUGGUGGUGUGGAAAGCUGCUCAGCUUGUGCUGCACCCUGGCUCCAGGGAUCUCCUGGACAGACAGGAGGACGCCAUCCAGGACAGCCGCCUGCUCCAAGACCUGCACCGGAGCAUUUUACUAAGGACUUGCUUCUUGUGAUGCUGUUGAAAUCCGACCUAACCAGCUCGGGAGGCGGGAGCUUGGGCUCUUCCAGAUGCUCGGGCACAAGCCCAGCGUGGCGCGGCUUCCUCUGCCAGGAUGGUUGGCGUCCAGUGGCAACUCCGGGGAAAAAUCCAGACUUCCAGGACUCUGAAGAAGCAGUGGCAAGCAGGAUGCUUUUCCCCACAUCCACGCAAGAGUCUUCCCGUGGCCUCCCAGACACCAACGAUCUGUGCCUUGGCCUGCAGUCCCUCAACCUGACAGGGUGGGACAGACCCUGGAGCACCCAGGACUCCGAAGCUGCAGCACAAACCAGCCCACAGUCCGUUCUCAGCAUGCUGAGUAACCCUCUCGGGAAUGUCCUAGGGAAGCCCCCGUUGGGUUUCCUGCCUCCAGACCCUAUUGGUUCAGACCUGUCUGAGAAGUUUUCCACGCCAAUGCUGAGGAACUCCCGCCUGGACUCCCGCUCCCUCCUGGACUCCCGCUCCAGCAGCCCCUCGGACUCCGACACCAGCGGCUUCAGCUCUGGCUCUGACCACCUCUCAGAUUUGAUUUCAAGCCUUCGCAUCUCCCCGCCUCUGCCCUUCCUGCCUCUCAGUGGGGUGUCAAGAGACCCUCUCAAGAUGGGAGUGGGGUCCCGUCUGGAUCAAGACCAAGCUGCCCUGGCUGCAGUCACUUCCUCUCCGGCCAGUGUGUCAAAAAGAUGGCCUGGAGCAUCUGCGUGGCCUUCCUGGGAUCUCCUGGACUCUCCAGAAGACCCUUUCAGUAUCGAAAGAGAAGCCAGGCUUCAUAGGCAAGCAGCAGCUGUGAAUGAAGCGACCUGCACCUGGAGCGGGCAGCUGCCUCCCCGAAACUACAAGAACCCCGUUUACUCCUGCAAAGUGUUCCUGGGAGGAGUCCCGUGGGACAUUACGGAAGCUGGACUGAUCAACACCUUCCGUGUUUUUGGCUCACUGAGUGUGGAGUGGCCUGGUAAGGAUGGCAAACACCCACGCUGCCCUCCCAAAGGUAAUAUGCCUAAAGGAUACGUCUACCUGGUGUUUGAGUCAGAGAAAUCUGUGCGUGCUCUGCUCCAGGCCUGCUCCCAGGACCUGCUGAGCCCCGACGGGCUCAGUGAAUAUUACUUCAAGAUGUCCAGCCGCAGGAUGCGCUGCAAAGAGGUGCAGGUGAUCCCGUGGGUGCUGGCAGACAGCAACUUCGUGCGCAGCCCAUCACAGCGGCUGGACCCCAGCAAGACCGUGUUCGUGGGGGCUCUGCAUGGGAUGCUGAAUGCUGAGGCCCUGGCAGCCGUCAUGUGCGACCUGUUUGGAGGGGUGGCCUACGCUGGCAUCGACACGGACAAGCACAAGUACCCCAUCGGGUCUGGCCGUGUCACCUUCAACAACCAGCGCAGCUAUCUGAAGGCGGUGACCGCUGCGUUUGUGGAAAUCAAAACAACCAAGUUUACUAAAAAGGUUCAGAUCGACCCGUACCUGGAAGACUCCAUGUGCCAAGUCUGCAGCGGCCAGCCCGGCCCCUUCUUCUGCAGAGACCAGAUCUGCUUCAAGUACUUCUGCCGCUCCUGCUGGCACUGGCAGCACUCCAUGGAGGUUCUGCGUCACCACCGCCCGCUGAUGCGCAACCAGAAGAACAGGGACUCCAGCUAAAGGGGCCGCCGCGGCGCAGGAGAGAGUCCUUUCGUGAACCUGCCGAGCGGAGAGCGCAGGAGCGUGGCUGCCGGUGCCGGACCCAGGCUGGGAACGCGCUUCCUGAGGACUAAUGGGGAAAAAGAUUUAAAAAACAACAAAAAAAGACAAAAUAAUCUUACAUUCACGUUUGCACUUGCUGGUCUUUUUGUUUCUGCACUAAUGCACAGUGAAUUUUGUCGGGUUUUGUUUGGGGGGUUUUUUGAGAGGGGGGGGAGCGCACCCCUCAAGCGAUUCUGCAGUUCCCAGACUUUGGUUCCUCGUUUGCUGAUGAGAAGCAAAACAAGAAAACUUUAAAAAAGGGCCAUGUGUUGAGAAGGUGUUUAUGCAGAUGCCUUCACCUGGUUUUUUAUUUAUUAAAGGCGCUUUUUUACAUUCCUUGCAAUACUGAUGGUAAUAAUGCAGGUCUCAUUGGCUCCAUUUUUUUGCAGUUGCCAUACAGUGCCUUUCCAUUCAUUUAACCCCCAUCUGAACGGCAUAAACUGAAUGUUCAGCUGGCGUUUUUUACUGUAACAACAAGGAGACUUUGCUCUUCAUUUAAACCAAAUCAUAUUUCAUAUUUUACGCUCGAGGGUUUUUACCAGUUCCUUUUUACACUCUUAAACAGUUUUUAAGUCGUUUGAAACGAGAGAUUUUUUUCUUUCCUGGCAGCUUUUAACAUUAUUGCAAUUUUGUGUCUGGGGGCUGCUGGUGGAAAGUUGUAAAUCGAGGGGUUUGCAACAGAACAGGACGGGCUUUUGUUUUGUUUGUUUUUUGGAUUUGAAACUGGACCGGAUAAAUGAUCUCUGAGCUGCUGUAUAUAGUUUUAAAUAGUUUGUUGCACUUUUUUAAGUUGCACUUAAGGGGGGUUGAUAGAGGUUUUUAAUCACACGAAGUCACAGGACUUAACUUUUCUUUUGUAACUAGCUAAAAAAGGGCUGCGUUUCGGUGGACGGAUGAAGGUUCAUAGGAGCCCUUUCUCUUAGAGGGGACAAGUACUUUUCCUUUCCAAAACGUAUGGAGUAACGGUGCAGUCGACUGAAAUGCUGCUGCUGGGAUUUGAGAACUUUAAUUAUUAUUAUGUAUUUUUUUUUUUACUUUCCCCUCUAUUGGAAGCUGUGUGCCAAAGAACCAGUGUCAUAAUUUCUCCCUCUUUUGUUUCCGUUGGUAUUUUCUUUGUUUUGGUUGUUUUUUCUCCUCCUGCUGAGCUGAUGUUGCAUUGUUGCAUAUCCCAGCUGCUCUUUGUGGGGUUUUCGUGAAGCUGUGUGUGAAGUCUCUACCUCAUUGUAGUAUAUGCAGGCAAGACUGCACUCUCCUACAGAUGCGUGGAGUAAGCUGUGGUGUAGUUUUUGGCACAUAAUAAACACGUUGCAGCAAAAAAA